AUGAAAAAAGAGGGGUGGGAGGGGGUAUUAGAAGCGCUCGAUCCCAAAGUCCUCCCUUUUGUUUUGAAGAUCGAGUUCCCCCAUAUGUCCCUCUUCAUUAUGAUUUCCGGACCCAUAAUGAAACAACCGCAAUCCCUCACCAAGACGAGCAAUCCAGCCUUGAUCCGCAGAAGACGCGAGCGCGCUCACCCCUGUCAAGUUGAUCCUGAUCCUUUGGAGUCGAGCAUUUUCCCACCCCGACGCUGUAAUUUCGCCGGGAGACCUCCGGGUUCCAGUCACCGAGUCCGACACAGCAUUCAAGAUGUCCAGCAUACAGGACUGCCUCUGUGCGACGUGGUCUUAUUCCAGAAUGCAACUAUUCCAAGCCCGUUGGCUUGCAAGCCUCCGAGUAUCCGGGACAACCUUUCACAAUUGAAGGUUGGCUCGCGUGCUCCAUCUCUGCGAUCUCCAACCACUCCAGCGUGUUCAAUCAGAUCUCGUUCUGCUAGGGCGAGCAUGAGGGAUGCGUAUGAAGCGCGCACGUGGCGGAACAAACUCAGACGGCAUUCGGUCUCCGAGAUCACUCGAAUCGAGUCCGUGUUGCACUUCAUGCUUCACAAAAGAAACUCCCAAGUGGCGUGA